CACCACGAUCUCCUUGGGCUUUGCGUACACAUCGAUCUACCAUUUUCCUCCUGAAUCCGCCUCGUAGUAGAUCUGGUCGGUCUCGCUGCGUUCUGAGCUACCUGUCGAGCUAGUCCGGAGCUGCACGCCGGUUGCGGCUUGAGGCGCCAGAUCUGGGACGCGGCUGGCCUGGAGAACCAAGGGGAUUCCAGAAAGGAGAAUCGUGGCUGACUUCUGGUCCCUACCUCGAGUCAGAUCUGGUAGACCACCUUUGUUGGUUUCUCUACUCUUUACCCAUCACUUCGGUUUGCAGCUUCAUUUGUCAAGAUGUCACAAGCCAAGGAAGUGAGAUACACCGCACGGUCUAUUACACCUCCUGCAGAAAGAAAUGGAACUUCAAGUUCGCCUCCUCCAAAGAGGCGCAGCCCUUCAAGGUCGCCUCCCCCAAAGAGUACCUCAAGGUCUCCACAUCCAAGGAGUCCUAAGCGGCGGAGCACUUCAAGGUCUCCUCCUCCUAGGAGACGUGGUAGAUCGAGGUCAAGGUCAAGGGAUAGGAGUCGAUCCAGGAGCCUAGAUGAUAGAAAUCCAGGGAAUAACCUUUAUGUGACUGGAUUGUCUACUCGUGUAACUGAAGAUGACCUUGAGAAGUUUUUUAGUAAAGAAGGAAAGGUUAAAAACUGUCAUGUUGUUCUUGAUCCUCGCUCAAAAGAAUCCCGUGGCUUUGCCUUUGUGACUAUGGAUACUGUUGAAGAUGCAAGACGCUGCAUCAAGUACCUGCACCGCACUGUGCUUGAAGGUCGUCUGGUCACUGUAGAGAAGGCUAAAAGGACUCGAGAAAGGACUCCUACUCCUGGAAAAUACUGCGGUCGAAGAGGAGGAUCUCAAAGGAGCCCAUCACCUCACCGUUCUCGCAGAAGGGAGCGAUCCCGCUCAAGGGACCGUAAAAGGGAGCGUUCUCGCUCACGGGAUCGGAGGGAACGGUCUCGCUCAAGGGAACGCAGAAGGGAAAGGUCCCGCUCAAGGGAUCGAAGGGAACGGUCUCGCUCACGGGACCGCCGAAGGGAACGCUCACGCUCACGGGACCGCAGGAAGGAACGCUCACACUCAAGGGACUCUCAGAGAAGGCGUGGAGAUCGGUCCAGGUCACUGGCAGGCAAUGGGAACCACAAGACAGACUAGAAAGCACUUCCCUUAUGAUGAACCUUCUGUUUUCGGGCUAGUCGUGACUGCGUGAACAAUUGAACUUGUGAUGCUACCUUUAAAAUGGUCAGACUGAGAGACGUUAGCAUGGAGUUGUAACUGCCUUGCUGUGUUUGUUUGUUUUUUUUUUUCUGUUGAAAAGUAUGUUAUCAUGUCACCGUUCGGAGAGGAUAAUACUGUUAUAUGGUCUGGGUAUUGUUUUGGAAACAUUGGCUUGCACUCCAGGUUCACAGGCAGCGAGGUAGAAUCACUGAGAAGAUUGCUUUGA